AUGAAUGAUUCUCUCAAUUCGACGGCUGUGAUCGACUUUGUAAUUGAGGCGCUGAGAUCGAUAUCGGAACUAAUAACGUACGGAGACCAGCAUGAUUCGAACUAUUUUGAAAUUUUUAUGGAAAGGCAAGUAAUGGGAGAGUUUGUAAGGAUACUUAAGGUUAGCAGAACGGUUUCCAUUUCGCUUCAGUUGCUGCAAACGAUGAGCAUUAUGAUUCAGAAUUUAAAAUCCGAGCAUGCAAUUUAUUAUAUCUUCAGUAAUGAGCAUAUUAAUUUUUUGAUAACUUAUACAUUUGAUUUUCGAAACGAGGAGUUGUUGUCAUACUACAUUUCUUUUUUAAGGGCGAUAAGUGGGAAGCUUGACAAGAAUACAAUUUCUUUGCUCGUGAAGACUCAAAAUGUAGGCUGGGCACUGGUUGGUUGUAAGUUGUUCAAGCUGGAAGAAGUUGUUUCUUUUCCACUGUAUGUUGAGGCAAUACGAUUUGCUUUCCACGAAGAGAAUAUGAUUCGUACUGCAGUGCGUGCACUGACACUCAAUGUCUAUCAUGUUGGCGAUGAAUCUGUGAAUAGAUUUGUUGUGAUGGCCCCUCAUGCUGAUUAUUUUUCAAACUUGCUUACUUUUUUCCGGAAGCAGUGCAUCGAUCUAAGUGGAUUGGUCUCUGAAACUCUAAAAAACCCAGAAUCAGAUACAACAACUGUGAUUCUUAAUGCCGUGGAUGAAAUUGAGGACAAUCUCUACUAUAUUAGUGAUGUUAUUUCUGCAGGGAUUCCAGAUGUUGGAAGGUUAAUAACAGACAAUAUUUUGCAACUUUUGAUCCUUCCUUUACUUCUUCCAUCUUUGCAGUUGGAUGCUGUUCAUGAUGUUCAGAUUGGUGCUGUCACUUCUCUAUAUUUGCUCUGUUGCAUCUUACGCAUAGUUAAAAGCAAAGAUUUGGCAAAUACCAUUGCUGCUGCUCUUUUCUGUCCACCAGAGGCUUUUGUUCCUAUCUCUGAGACUAAAUCCAAUGGUUAUAUGCCUGAUCAUGUGCAUGAAAUCCAACAGCCGGAAAAUGAAAACGUGAUUGAGGUGGAUGGAUGUUCAAAACAGAUUGUGCAGAGCUUGUCUAGUUCUUCGGAAGUUCAUCCUGAAGAUAUUAUCUUAAAAGGUGUUUCUCAUUCUACUUUGAGGUAA